AUGCGUUCAUGGCUGCUGCUGGCGGCCUUCUGCGAGGCUGUCAGCGAUGACGCAGCAGCCUCUGGCGCGGCCUCGUACUGGCGGGGCGGCCGGGUGCAGGCAGCAGAGGAACCCAACUCCCCGGCACCGAUCAUCGAAAUCGAAGAUGGUCAGCUGCAAAUCGACUAUCAAGGCGAUGCUCCCGCUCAAGAGUGUCUGGAGUACUACCUUGACAAGCUGAAGGUUGAGGAGCUACAGAACCAGGUUCUCCACGAGAAGCUGGCAGCAUCCACCCGCCAAAGAAGCGGGUCGAUUCGUCCUCGUGGAGUUCUCGUCUUCCUUUUGAUGGAGAACGCGGAUAAGGUGUUGCACAAGGACCUCGCUCUUUCUCUGAGAUGUUUGGCGCGCUUCUUCUGGCGCUAUCCGGUAGUCAUCUUCCACACCAACAGCACGACGGCAUCGGAAAUGGACUGGAUGCGCUCCGUCAUUCCGAAUCACUUGCAUGUGGACUUCGAAGAAGUGGCUCUGGGUUUUCCCGCGUCGCUCGCUGACUUUCCCGGCGGGCCCGACGCUUUUCUACGCCCGCCUUCCUGCAUGCUUGACGGGCAGCACCAGUGGGGCCUGCAGCGCAGCUGUGGCUGCCGCUGCCCAGCUUGGCGACCGCAGUGCUGGCCGCUGAACUGGAUGCAUGCCACGCACUUCUUCACCGCUGGAAUGUUCCGAACACGGACGUUUCAAGAUGGCGGAUAUCAUUAUUUCUUGCGACUUGAUAUUGACCUGUUCUUCGUGGAAGGGCCUGUGCUAGAUCCGUUCCAGCACAUGGCAGACCAUGGUUGCGUUAUGGUCUAUGACCGGCUCUCACGCGAAGCUCCCGGCUGCUUUGAUGAUUUCAACCAUCGCUGUCAGGAGUUCUUGGACAUGAUUGAGUACGACGGUCAACCCGAUGGAGACAUUCUGCAAGUAGGCUAUGGUCCUGCAGCAGCCGGGGGCCAGUGGACUAUCGGCGAUGUACGCUUGUUUACAUCUCCGUCGUACCUUCAAUUCGCGGACUACUUUGCCAGCGGAAUCUACACCCACCGCUGGGCGGACCAGCUGAUCUUACUCCGAGGUGCAGCACUGUUCGGCCCCCGUCCGUGGCCUGCCCCGGCCUUGCCUCAAUGUGGGAACUCUUCGCCGAGCCGUCGAGCAAUGACGCAGGUGGAGCUUGGGCAAGCUCGGGGCUGUGAGGAUGAUCACAAAGACGACGUCGAUGCCGAUGGGAUCCUGCGCGUCCAAGAGCUUGUCGGGCGCAAUGUGAAGCUCCUGCAGGAGCUCAUAUCGGAUGCCACCUCUGAGUCCUUCGCGGAAGGUGACGUCAUUCUGCCUGCUGGUGAACAGGUCGAGAAGAUGUACUUCCUUCGAAGUGGGGAGGCAAGCAUUCAUGUUGACAACGUUCGAGUCGAGCGGAUUCCUAGCGGGUCCAUCUUGGGUCUCGCCGCCAUGUUCGAGAAUCCUCAGCUUCCCGUGGAGAUCCGGGCGGCCGGGCCAUGCCAAUGCCGGGUCAUCUCCCGGAUCAACUUUCACGCGGCGCUGCAGAACUAUCCCGAGGACCUCCUCCACUUGCAAAAUGAGGGGAAUCGGAUGCAGAAGCAGGAUGGCGACCGAUGGAAGCGACUCGGCGCCGUCCAGCGGACCAAGAAGAAGCUGAAGGCCAUCGCCAGCAUGCGCGCUGAGCGGGCAUCGCAAAAAGCUGCCGAAGCUGAUGAUGAGGCAGUCGCUCCGGUCCGGUCCUCGCGCGCGCUGCAGAAGUCUCCCAGAGAUGAGGAGGAGGAUCACUCGAGUUCGAGCCUGGACUUACCUCAGCAAGUCCCACGCCUCCAUGGGGCCACCGCUAGCGCAGAGGGCGCGCAGUCCAUGCCAUUCCCGCCGAGCCUCCGGCCACGGCAAGACGAGGCGAGGCGGAGGGCGAAGGUGCAGAUGAUCCGCGCGCAGUUGCAGCUGCGGGCUCGAGGAGCGAUUCAGCCAUCAGGGAAGCUCGGCAAGCUGAGCAGGUUACGGGCCGGGGAUGAUCCGGAGAAGCCGACAGUAGCCAGCUCUUCUGGGGGCCCGGUCCCCAAGCUGGAGGAUGCCUUGCUCGGUAAGUCCCUGCAGCUACAGGACACGGACUGUGACUCUCCCCUCUACGAGAAGUUCGCAUUUGACUUCGACGACGACGAGCUCUCGCCCCUUUCACCUCUUUCACCUGUGUCUCCGGGAUCCGAGAAGUCGGGAAGCUUAUUUUGGCAGAUCUCAGAGCCAGAUAUGCCAUCUCGAGGGGAGACCGAGCGCCAGAACUCCAAGCAGGGAGUUCUCACGAUGGCAAACCCCUUCGAACGUUCAAUCAGCUCGGACAGACCCACUUCUCGCCGAUUGCGAUCACGAGAAGGAGGAGCAGAGACUACUACAACUCGCUCCAUGCCUCUGGGGCGCUUGGCAGCCAUAAGACAACGUAACUCCGCAAAACUCAGAGGCAUCUUGCCAGGGCUGUCCAGUGCACGGUCCGGAGCAUCCGGAACGACCUGA